CUCACAGAUGGCGCCAUCGACAUCCGUCAAUAUUCAAUACAUGAAAAUAGUUGUUUGCAAUAAACUAGUACAAUUUAAACACCGACAGGCACAUUUACAAAUUAAAAACAUUAGGGAUGUAACAUUUUAAAACAUAAAAACCUCCAUCAUGGAUGAUGAUGAUGAGGACAAGUCUAUUUCUCUCACUGGGUUUCUGUUUGGUAACAUUGACACCAAAGGAGAGCUUGAUGAAGAUUUUCUAGAUGAGGAAUCAAAGAGACAUCUUGGAUCCCUUGAACUUCUUGGUGGUAUUGGGUCUAUGGUCAAGGAGAUAACUGAUUCUGAAGAUGGAGAUAGAAGUGAUUCACUUGAUGGAGGAGAUAACUAUAGUAACAAAGCCUCUACAGCAGUUGACUACUCUGAUAUAAAUGAGACUGUAGAGGAGGAUGAAGAACAGCGAUCGUUUGCUUUUGUUGGAAAUGAAACAGGUGAAUAUGAAGAUAAAGAUUCUAGACUUAUGCCACCUCCAUCAUGGCUGCCACAAACACCGAAGGCAGAAAAUGAGGCAGGAAUUAUCUCCCCUGAUAAAAACUCUGCCAACAAGUAUCAUACCCCACUUGCUUCACUGAGACCACCAGAGUUAUCCAAUGUAGAUGUAACUGAACUGUUCCCAGAAUUCAGACCAGGCCAGGUCUUGAGAUUUUCUAGACUAUUUAAGCCAGUACAUGUUCCACAUCUUUAUAAAAAGAAAAAGAAGAAGAAAACAGAAGAUGGAAAGGAUGAUAAACAUCCUGAUGGAAGGAAAGAGGAGUAUAAAGAGGAAAAACUAGAGAAUGUUUACGAUGCUGAUGUUGAUGAGGACAAGAAGGAUUUAUCUCACAUGACAGCCGCCCAGAGAAUCAUGCAUGGUCUAGAGAACCAGGACAGUGGUAUAGAGGAUAGGUCUUCACCCAGUGAGGAAGAGGAUUGGUCAGAGGAAGAGAUGGAGGAUACUUUCCAACUUAACCUUGGUCGACCUGCAAGACCUGAGGAGAUUAUGUCGGAUGAUGAGGAGAAGUUAAUGAAGCCUAUAGAGGCAAAAACUACCUCAGGUCAACAGUUAGUUGCAGGUGAGGUAGAGGAGAAGGCAGAGGUAGCUCCUUGGAGGUAUGGUCCUGCUGCUUAUUGGUACGAUAUGUUAGGGGUCGAUGAAACGGGAGACAACUUUGAUUAUGGAUUCAGACUUAAACAGAAAUCUCAAUCUGACCAAGAAGAUAUUCCAUCAGAUGAUGCAUUUGAGGAUGAAGCUUACUUGAUGGUGACCCAGUUGCACUGGGAAGAUGACAUUAUAUGGAAUGGAGAGGAAGUCAAACAAAAAAUUCUAAAUUCAUCCAAACAGAAGGCAAUGUCAGCAGGCUGGAUACCUAGUACAACUUUCAGAACAGCUACACAAUUCACACAGCAGGGUAAACCAGGAGAAGGAUAUACAGGCAUGGUUCCUAAGUUUCCACAGUUACCUGGUUAUUCUAAGACCAUUCCAGGGAUAUCUCCCAUGUUUCACCAUGGACAGAAAGAAUCAGAUGAUAAAAAUCAAGAAUGGUUUUCUAUAUUUCCAAUAGAGAACUAUGAACUUAUAUAUGGCAGAUGGGAAGAUGAUAUCAUAUGGGAUGCUCAGAACAUGGAUAAGAUUCCUAAGCCUAAGAUUCUAACACUGGACCCUAAUGAUGACAAUAUUAUAUUGGAAAUACCUGAGGAUAGAGACCCUAAUGCUAAAGAAGAGCCUUUGAAGAAAGAAAAGGAAAUAAAGAAAUCUAAGUUACUUCUAGGAAAGGCAGGACUUAUUAAAGAUGAUGAAGAAGAUGAUGAGGACCAGACAACUCCAAAUAUGCCCGUCAAAGAUCCAUUUAAUUUGUCCAACGAUGAGUAUUACAAUCCUAAACUGUUAGAAUCCGCAUUGAAAGGAACCAUGGGAUCUAGUCUAAUACAGCAUUCCACUCCUGGCCUUGAGCUUCGUCAGCCAUUCUUCCCCACACAUAUGGGACCUAUCAAGUUACGACAGUUUCAUCGUCAUCCAUUGAAGAAAUACUCCCAUGGUCCGGUAGCAACAAAAGGUCCACAUUAUGUUACACCAUUACUUAAAACAAUCAAACGCAAAGCAAGGUUGAGAGACCAGGAGAGACAAGCCUUUGGUGGAGGAGACAUAUUCUUCAUGAGAACUCCACAAGACCUCACCGGAAUGGAUGGAGAUCUAUUUUUAGCAGAAUAUUCUGAGGAACAUCCUCCUCUCAUCAACCAAGUUGGCAUGGCAACCAAGAUUAAAAACUAUUAUAAAAGGAAACCCGGCAAGGAUUCCAAUCCUCCAGUAUUUAAGUUUGGAGAGUUAGCCUAUGCCCAUACUUCACCCUUCCUUGGUUCUCUGGUACCGGGUCAAAGUCUACAGGCAUUUGAAAACAAUAUGUACAGAGCACCAAUAUAUGAACAUGAUGUCCCUCAGACAGAUUUUCUUAUCAUUAGGAACAGACAGGGGUACAAUAUCCGUGAAGUGAACACAAUUUACGCUAUUGGGCAAGAAUGUCCUAUGACAGAAGUUCCUGGACCUAACUCAAAACGAGCCAAUAACUUUAUAAGAGACUUCUUACAAGUGUUUAUAUAUAGAUUGUUUUGGAAGAGUAAAGAUAAUCCUAGAAGGAUUAAGAUGGAUGAUAUCAAAAAGGCAUUCCCGUCACAUUCUGAAAGUAGUAUUAGAAAACGUCUCAAGUUAUGUGCAGACUUUAAAAGAACAGGUAUGGACUCUAAUUGGUGGGUGUUGAAACCAGAUUUCCGUUUACCUACAGAGGAUGAAAUGAGAGCAAUGGUAUCUCCUGAACAAUGCUGUGCUUAUUAUAGUAUGUUGUCUGCUGAACAGAGGUUAAAGGAUGCUGGUUAUGGAGAGAAAUCCUUGUUUGCUGUGGAUGAGAAUGAUGAUGAAGAUACACAGAUGAAGCUUGAUGAUGAGGUCAAAACAGCUCCAUGGAAUACAACUAGAGCUUAUAUAGGUGCAAUGAAGGGGAAAUGUCUCCUGGAUCUGUCUGGACCAGCAGACCCAACAGGUUGUGGGGAGGGAUUCUCUUAUGUUAAGGUGCCCAACAAGCCUCAGCCUAGAGAUGAAGGAAAGGAUAAUACCCCUGUGAAAAAAACUGUGACGGGAACAGAUGCCGAUCUCAGAAAACUACCUCUCAAAGAUGCUAAACAACUGCUGAGGAAGUUUGGUGUGCCUGAAGCAGAGAUGAAGAAGUUAUCUCGAUGGGAAGUUAUAGAUGUUGUGAGAACGAUGUCAACAGAGCAAGCUAAGGCUGGUCAGGAUAUAAAAGGUGGUAUGGGAAAGUUUGCCAGAGGUAACAGGUUCUCCGUAGCAGAACAUCAAGAGAGAUAUAAAGAGGAAUGUCAGAGGAUAUUUGAUGUACAAAACAGAGUUCUGGCUUCCACUGAGGUUCUCUCAACAGAUGAAGAUUCAAGUUCUGCUGAUGAAUCAGAUUUUGAAGAAAUGGGUAAAAAUCUGGAGAGUAUGCUUUCAAACAAGAAAACAAGUUCUCAGUUAAGUCAUGAAAGAGAAGAACAGGAAAGAAAAGAAUUACACAAGAUGUUAUGUGGAGGGGAUGACCCUAAAGACAAAGGGAAGAAAAGAAAAGAUGACAGUGAUUCAACACCAUCGAUUAGUGGUAAGAAAUUGAAGAUAACAAGAACAUUUAAAACAGAUGAUGGUAAAGUGUUCAUCAGGACAGAAUGGGUCACAAAGCCUGUUAUCAUUGAUACAUACUGUAAGAUCAGAGAGAAAAAAGAUCCUAACUUUAUUAAACAAGUUGCUGCUAUGGAUGAUCAGCUGAAGGAAGAAAUGAGAAGAGAAAAGAGAAGAUUACAGGAAAGAUUGAGGAGAAUAAAGAGAAAUGAAGAAAGAGAUAAGUUUAAUCCACCAUCAGCUAAAAAGAAGAAGAAGAUAGAGACUCCUAUGAAUACAAAGUUAAAAUGUGGAGCUUGUGGCCAAGUUGGCCACAUGAGGACUAAUAAGGAAUGUCCUUUAUACAGUAAGAGUGGAAAUUUACCACCUGUACAGGUAGCCAUGACAGACGAGCAGAUUGAGGAGGAACAACAGAUCUUGCCCGAGGAUGAUCUCAUUAAAGUAGAGGGGACCAAGCUCAAACUGUCCAAGAAUCUCAUACAACAUGCUGAGGAAGUGAAGAGAAAAGCUUUAGUGUUGAAGUUCCCCAAACAAGUUGCCAAGUCUGAUAAGAAGAAAAGAUUAAGUACAAUCAUACAGAAUGAUUAUCUCAAGAGACCUAAACAGACAUCCAACAGAAGGAGAACUGACCCUGUCAUCACCAUGUCAACUAUCUAUGAACAUAUCCUCAAUGAGAUGAGAGAAAUGCCUAAUACCCAACCUUUCCUGUUUCCAGUCAGUACGAAGGAGGUUCCUGAUUAUUACAAGUUUGUUAAGAUUCCUAUGGACAUGCAGACUAUUAGAGACAACCUUAGAAGUAGGAAGUACCAUUCAAGAGAACAGUUUUUGGUGGACGUCAAUCAAAUUGUUGAGAACUGUAGACUUUAUAAUGGUCCUAAGAGUGCCUUGACACUGACUGCCCAAUGUAUGCUAGAUUUAUGUCUCAAAAGAUUUGCCGAGAAAGAAGAUAAGUUGAUGAGACUAGAGAAAGCCAUUAAUCCUUUGUUAGAUGAUAAUGAUCAAGUGGCAUUCUCAUUUAUCUUGGAGAGUGUUGUAGCCCAGAUGAAAGCUGUAGAAAAUUCUUGGCCAUUCCAUAAUCCUGUGAAUAAGAAGUUUAUCAAGGAUUACUAUGAGGUGAUUAAACAACCAAUGGAUCUACAGUCACUGAUGAAAAAAGUACAAGGUAAUAAGUACCAUUCACGAGACACCUUUAUAGACGACGUGGAAUUAAUGGUAACGAAUAGUAAACAGUACAAUGGGGUAGACAGUGCAAUAACUAAAACAGCUCAUACUCUGCUAGAUGUCUGUAAAAAGGCAUUGUCAGAUAAUGAUGAGAGUUUGUCUCAGAUGGAGGGUGACAUACAGGCUGCCCAGGAGGCUGCUUAUGAUGCUGCAGAUAUUGAUAGUAUAAUGACUGGUACCUCAGUAAACCAGGAGGAUAGCUUGAUGGAUAAUGAAAGUAUAGAUGACAACAGUAUAAGAGAGAAUAUAACAAUAGCAGAGGAUAUGUCAGAAGCAGAAUAUAUGAAAAGAUGGUCACUCAGUGAGGGCAAUACCACUGGACCACAUCAUGAAGAAUAUGAUUCAGAGUUUGUUGAUGUAGAAGGAGAUGAAAUGGAAUCAAGUCACAGAAGUAGAAGUUACAUGUCAGAAGACCACAGACAAAGCUCUAGUGCCGAAAAUGAGUCUUUAGCCAAAGACUUACAAAUUACUCCUGAUCAAUCUGAAGAUGAAAAUCUCUCAGGUGAGAGUGAUGGUGAAGAGAAAAUGGAUAUGAGUGGUGAAAAUCAACAAUUCUAUUCAGAACAGCAAUAUUAUGAUCAAGAGGGAGGAGCCUUCACUAUGCCAGGUAUUCAGGACGAGGAUGAGAAUAGUUUUGAUCCGUCAGACUUUUUCAUGCACAGUGCCUUAGCUACUGAGGCACAACAACAGUUACAACAAGGGGACAUUAAUGAAGAUCUGCAGGUGUCAGAUUCUGAUGAGGAGGAAAAUACAGCAGAUGGAGGAGAUGAUAAUGAAGGAUUUGAUAUUGACGAGUUUUUGAAAUGAUUUUAGUAAACUGUCAUUGUAAGAAAAUGGUGUAAAAAAGGUUGAUAGCACAUUAUAUUGACGAGUUUUUGAAAUGAUUUUAGUAAACUGUCAUUGUAAGAAAAUGGUGUAAAAAAGGUUGAUAGAACAUUAUAUUGACAAGUUUUUGAAAUGAUUUUAGUAAACUAUCAUUGUAAGAAAGUGGUGUAAUGAAUGCUUAUUGAGCAUUGAUACAGAUAUUAUACUGAAAGACAUGCUAAGUGACUAUUAUAUACAAGGUUGUAUGAGAAAUAUUCUUAUAAGUGUAUUUUUUGAAAAAUCAAGUUGCAUGCAAGUAUUAAGAUGUCCGUGAAUUUUUAUAUAAUUCAGGGCAUUUAAUGGAAUCAAGAUUUCAGUGAAUUUGUAAAAGAACUCGAUAAGGACUGCCCAAGUUUCUUGUGAACUUGGGUAAAUGAACUUGAUAUAAAAAUUCAAAAUUCAAGUGAAUUUGUGUAAAUGAAUGAAGUUUUAUGCUGGAAAUGAUCAGUAUAGAAUAAUGCUGUACUUUUUCAGGUUCUGAUCAUUUCAUUUUUCAUUAAAAGAUUGUAAAUAGUUGUUCAAUUACAUGUAUGUAUAGAAAAACAAUAGAGUGCUAUAUUAUGUUUCACCAGUUUCAGACAAUGUUUAUUUUUGUAGCAAACUGUCUUUAGUUCUAUUAUGUAAAUUAUGGUAAAUUGCUUAAUUUAAAAACAUAAAUCAUUGUA